AAGAACAAGUUUUAGCGGCUUGUUCAGGUCCAACACCAGAGUUCUGCAGAAACUCUGAUACUGUGACCCGGUUCGGUUCGCAGGGAGAGAGACCAGGACCGGUUCUGCACAGACCCAGAUCCUCCAGCCCGGUUCUGCGGGUCCUGGAGGCGGAGAUGGACUCCCUGCAGGGGUUCCUGGACCGGUUCGGACCCAGCAGCGAGGCGGAGUCCAUAUGGCUGAAGAACUUCUUCACCUUUGUCCAGGAACACCUGAGUGCUGCUGCCUGUGGCUCCGCCCCCUCUGCUGCUCACCAAUCACCAGCAGGUGCAUCAUGUGACCACAGGGUGGAGCAGCUGAGCGUGACUGCCGUGGAGAAGAUCCAGGAGAAGAGCUGCCUCACCUGCAGCCUACCUGUCAGCUACAGACCUCUGAGCGUCUCUGAGCUGCUCUCCCAGCAGCACCUGGCCUGUGUCAGCAACCUGUCCUGGAGCACCAAUCAGCAUCGAGCCUGGCUCAGGGAGGCGGAGCUUAGUCUGCCGGGUCAAAGGGCGCUGCCCAGGGUCAACCUGCUGCUGAUUGGCUGGCUCAGAGAGGGGCGGGGCGGAGAGUGGAGGUUGACGGACGACAGCGGCAACGUCAGAUGUGAGAUGGUCUGUCCGUCUCCCCUGUGGAUGAACAGACCAGUCUUCCUGCCUCACUGGAACUACAUCCCCCAUGAUGCCUCGGGGCAGGACCAGGACAGAGGAUACUUGGAGGUGAUUGGUUCUCCGGUCCUGCUGUGUCCUAGAGCUGAGCAGGGAUUGGCUGCAAGUGUAGGAGGGGCGGGGCUUGAUGGAGCGAUGAGCGUCAGAGAGGCUGCAGGUGUGCUGAGGAACAGGGUCAGAGGUCAGCGGGUGUCGGUGUGGGGUCAGGUGGACUCGGUCUGCCCCCUGCUGGACGUGUCAGGAAGUUCCUUCUUCUUCUUCUCUUUGAGGGACGACGACCACAUGGUUCCUGUUCUGGUGAAGCAGGACAGCAUGGUGUGGUGGUCCAGGUGUGUGUGUGUGGGUCUCAGCGUGUGUGUUACGGCUCUCAGAGUGUGUUCACUCAGAGGAUGGAGAGGAAACAACGUGCUGACUGUUACCCACCGCUCUCUGUUACACACUGGAUACACACAGCAACACAAUAUACAGUUACACAACACACAGCCUGACGACACACAGCAUGACAACACACAGCCUGACGACACACACACAGAGCAACACCCUGACAGCACACAUGAAGCAGAGCCAGUCCCACACAGUCCUGCUGACCACGCCCACUCUGACCACCACCUGCUGAUGGACCAUGAGGGGGCGGAGCCUGAGGGGGAUCCUGUCCAAUCAGCAGUGAGGAUCAAACAGUCCAGAGUCAUCAGUUACCAGGGCGUAGUGACGGAGGUGGUGAGUGAGGGGGCGGGGCUCUACCUGAUGGACAGGAAGGUGGGUCUGUGUCUGGCCUAUCAGCCGCCAGAGAGGAGGAGGCUGAGAGCAGGAGACCAGCUGGAGCUGCACCACGUCCACUUCCUGUACCGGCCGUGUCCAGACCUCCCUCCCAGCAUGCUUUGCUGCUGUCUUCGCUCCUCCCUCAGGGUGACGGCGUUCAGCAGGGUGGGCGGAGCCUCUGAAGACCCCAGGUGUCCUGCAGAUGGCGUGUUGCCACGGUUACUGCUGCAGCACAUCAGAGGGAUGGACCAGUACCUGUGGACCUGCCACCUGACCUCCCAGCUGGCCCACAGUCUGGUCCCUGUGGAGCUACACCAUCAUCCUCCUCUUCCUCCUCUUCCUCAGUGUGUGUGCUUGCUCUCCUGGAAGCUGUCAGAGACUCUGUGGACAAGGAGACAACCUGGAGCCAGAGACAUCUACUCAGAGAUGCUGGACCGCCCUCACCGCUGUCCUCUGAACCAGUACCAGGUGGACCCCUGCGUCCCUCAGCUCCUCAGUGUCUCAGACCUUCUCCAGUCCCUCAGGUCCUCCUGCUGGUCCUCAGUCUCCCUGAGGUCUCUGCUGCCCCAGGAUGGAUCCAGUCUCAGCAGGUCUGAGAUGAACUCGUCUCUGUCCUGGUCCUGCAGGACGCUGUCCUCUGAUCCUCAGACAGGAGACAGCCUCAGGCCCCGCCCCCUGCUCCUGGUGGGAGUCCUCCAGCUGCCCUCUGAGAGGUCAGAGUUCAGACAGACUCUGCAGCUCAGAGACGCUACAGCAGCCGUGGGCUGCGUCGUCACGGAAACCAUGGAGGAUGGAGGUCAGAGGGCGUCCUUCAACACGGCCUGGAUCGGAAGUCUGGUGUGUGUGCGCCGGUUCUCCAUGGUAACAGAGAGGUUCCUCCAAUCAGAGUUCCCCUCCUACCAACACCUGGACCAGGACCGCUUCAUCACCCACAGAACCUGCAGGGUUUACCUGCAGUUCUGCCUGGACCACCUGGUCAUCCUGAGCCCCUCUGCUACCAUGGCUACACACCUGAGGAGGCAGGGGGAGGAGUCAGGAGGAGAGGAGGAGGAGGAUGAUGAUGAUGGGAUGAAGAAAAGAAGAAGGGAUGAAGAUGUCUCCUCCCCUGUUACCAUGACAACGGUACCUGGGGGCAGGGCCUGUGCCUGUGUCUCCAUGGUGAUUAAAGUGAGGAGUAAAGGAGGCGUGGCCUGGAAGAACGCUGGGAUUAGGACCAAUGAUGGCAAGGAGGCGGGGCUUGAACUGGGUUUCUCCGUCACAGCUCUUGUGAUUGGCCCAGUGGUCAGCUGGGGGCGGGACCCGAAGAACCAACCAAUGACAGAGAAAGAGGCGGAGCCAGAGAGGGAAGAGGAGGUGCUGCUGCUGUUCUCAGGUGGUUCUGCUCGCUGGUUCCCCGUCCUCCAGCCUGGAUGUUUCUACAGAGUCACAGCAGCCAACGCUCAGGAUCCCAGCGUUCUGAUUGGUUGCAGAGUCCGUGGGCAGAGUGGGGUGGAGGUCCACUCUGACUCCACCAUUCAGGUUGGAUCUGAUUGGAGGUUUCACACUCUGACACGCCCCCUGCUGCUGCGCCACACCUGGACUCAGACUCCUCCCCCUUCAGUGCUGUCUGUGUCUCAGGUGUUGGACUGCAGCUCAGAGGUGGUGACCUUCCAGGGCCUGAUCUCUGAGAGACGCACCUUGAUGGACGGGAAAGGUCAGAGUAGAGACAGAUAUUCAGGUGUUCGUCUGACUGUGUGUGACCAAAGUGGGCGGAGUCUAUGUGUCUACCUGGAUUUAAGCCACGCCCCCUAUCCACCUGGUCUGUUGCCAGGUAACCAGGUGCUGCUGUCAGGCUUGCUCAGAAAGCUGUCCAGGUCAGGAGGCGUGUACUGCUCCCUCUCACCUGUCAGCUGUGUCACAGUGACAUCACUGGGCGACUCCUGCAGGUUGGCCCUGCCCCCUCCAUCUCCCAGCAUGCACCUGGCUCAAUGGGCUGCCAGCAGGUGUGUUCAGGGUCAGGUCAGAGGUCACGUGGUGGGCUUCCUGUUCCUGCAGCUGCAGUGGAGCUGCUCCCUCUGUGGGACUGUCUACAGACAGGUCUGCAGCUCUCAGUGUGGAUCCUCCUCAGCUGUGUUCCAGUCCUCAGCAAAGCUGGUUAUUGACGACGCCACGGCUGAGGCUCACGUCUGGUUGUCAGGGAAACCGAUUCAGACUGUGCUGGGAUUGGCUGAUUCUCAGUGGGAGGGGCUCCAGAGAGCACUGAGGGUCAGAGGUCACAUCAGGGUGUUCCCUCGGGGGCGGAGCCUGGGGACUGAAGGAGACUCUGAGGACGUCCUCCUCCACUUCCUGUUGUCCCUCUGCAGCAGUGAUGUCAUCAGUCAGCAGGUCUCCCUCACCUGCAGGAAGCUGGCCAAUCAGAGCUCAGAAGAGGUGAGACGUUUCAGCCGAGGAGACAGAGACUUCCUGACCAGAAUGCCCCGCCCACUGCAGCUCACCUGUGUUCACCUGGAGACUCCCUGAAGACUCAUGAUAACUGCUGUUAAACUUCCUGUUCACUGUCUUUGACUCAGUAAAUGUUUGUGACCCAGAUCUCAGUCUGAUUCACUGAUCUGCUGUUCAGUCUGUCAGAAUUUAGCUCACCUGUGACACCUGGACCAGGUGAGUUCACUGCAGCUCACCUGUGUUUACCUGGAGACCCCCUGAAGACUCAUAAUAACAGCCGUUAAACUUCCUGUUCACUGUCUUUGACUCAGUAAAUGUUUGUGACCCAGAUCUCAGCCUGAUUCACUGCUUCUGGCUCAGUCUGUCAGAAUUUAGCUCACCUGUGACACCUGGACCAGGUGAGUUCACUGCAGCUCACCUGUGUUUACCUGGACCCCCUGAAGACUCGUGAUAACAGCUGUUAAACUUCCUGUUCGCUGCCUUUAAAUGACUCAGUAAAUGUUUGUGACCCAGAUCUCAGUAUGAUUCACUGGUUCUGGCCCAGUCUGUCAGAAUUUAGCUCACCUGUGACACCUGGACCAGGUUAGUUCACUGCAGCAGGAGGUACAGGUGAGGAUGAGCAGAACAGAGAUCAGAACUCUGCCAACAGCAACAGGGCUGUAGUUCUCAAGGCUGCAGCUGGAUAAGAUGUUACUUUCAUUCUGAACUAUUUUUUUAAACAAUUUCAGCUUUUAACUUUUUG